CAUUUAAUUUUGAAAAAAAUUUAUUAGACGUUCUAUUUUUAUUAUCGUACUAUUAUAUCUAACGAUAAUUUACGAAACCAUGUACGAUUACAUAUUUCAUAGAGGAAGUAAAUAAUUUCGAAACAUUAUUUCUAAAUUGAUACAGAGAUAAAUCAUUGUACACAUAUGACAGCUAUAUGAACUUAGAACCACCGCACAUUAUGAUCAAUAACGAUUAUUAAUAAAAUGCUAGUACAUAUCCAGUAUCUACAUAGAACUGGUUUGCAGUACCGUUAGUCCAUGCUUCGUUGUCACAAGCACACAACUGUCUCGAAACUGUACUGUAGGUUUGUUGACACACCGUUUUCUUAUCGUAAUUUUUAAUAUUGUUCAUAAAUGACGAUCGUUCAAAAGUCUGUACUUAUUGUAAAACACUCAGGACUUCUUUUCUGAUGUUUAGAACUUAAUUAGACUUUGAUUAAGUACACAAAUAUACAGAGUUUCGAUCAUAUUCGAUCGAUCGCCACAUAUGCAGAAGUGAAUAGAAAUAUACAAAGCGAAAUAUAGUACAAUUAUGUCAAACGAAAAUAUUGAAAUUCCAAAUAAACGGAUAAUGACGACUUGUACCAAUGUAUCGGAGCAAGCACAUCACGUAUCAAGAGCAAAACGCGGGCAAGCAGUGGGCAGCGUGAGAGGUUUUCGCGGAUGUACCGUUUGGUUAACAGGUCUUUCCGGUGCAGGAAAAACUUCUAUAGCUUUCCAAGUUGAAGCUAUUUUAGUUAAUCAUGGAAUUGCUGCGUACGGACUCGAUGGAGACAAUAUAAGAAGUGGUUUAAACUGCAACCUUGGUUUCAGCAAAGAAGAUAGAAAAGAAAAUAUAAGAAGGGUCGCAGAGGUAGCUAAAUUAUUUGCGGACAGCGGUCAAAUUUGUUUAUGUAGCUUUGUCUCGCCGUUCGAAGAAGAUAGACAAAUGGCAAGACACAUUCAUAAAAUGUCAGAUCUUCCAUUUUUCGAAGUAUUUGUCAAUACGCCUCUAAUCGUAUGCGAAGCUAGGGACACAAAAGGAUUAUAUAAAAAGGCACGUCAAGGGACUAUCAAAGGUUUUACUGGAAUAGAUCAGAUGUACGAAAGACCAGUAAAUCCUGACUUAGUGGUAACCACUGAAAACUGUACCCCAGAAGAAUCAGCUGCGACAGUUAUUGAUCUUCUGGAGAAACAGUGUAUUAUACCGGUACUGCAAAAAUCCACAUCACCAAUACGGGAGUUGUUCAUUCCAGAAUCACGAAUAUCUUCCGCCAAAACAGAAGCCGCUACUCUUCAGAGUUUAGAAAUUAGCGAGAUAGACGUACAAUGGCUCCAGGUUUUAGCAGAAGGUUGGGCUGCACCUCUCACAGGUUUUAUGAGAGAAGAUCAAUAUCUUCAGACUCAACAUUUAAAAUGUCUCCUUCAAGGUGACAAGGAAAUCAGUCAAUCCGUUCCGAUAGUUCUUGCGAUAUGUACAGAGGAUAAGGAGCGUUUGGAUGGACUUUCGGCUUUUACAUUGAAACACAAGAAUAAGGCUCUUGCAAUAUUACGUAGGCCAGAAUUUUAUUUUCACAGGAAAGAAGAAAGAUGUGGAUGGCAAUUUGGUACUAACAACUUAGGUCACCCGUAUGUAAAGAUGAUUUACGAAUCGGGAAAUUGGUUGGUAGGCGGCGAUAUAGAAGUUCUCGAAAGAAUUAAAUGGCACGAUGGCCUGGAUAAAUAUAGACUUACACCGAAUGAGAUUCGAACAAAAUGUAAAAAAAUGAAAGCUGAUGCUGUAUUUGCAUUUCAACUUAGAAAUCCUAUACAUAACGGUCAUGCACUAUUAAUGCAAGACACGAGAAAGUGUUUAUUAGAAGAAAGAGGAUUUAAAAAUCCUAUAUUACUCUUACAUCCUCUGGGCGGCUGGACAAAAGAUGACGAUGUACCGUUACAUACAAGAAUUCUUCAACACGAAGCUAUAAUUAACGAAGGUGUUCUAGAUACUAAUUCUACGUUAUUAGCAAUUUUUCCAUCUCCAAUGAUGUAUGCUGGACCAGUCGAGGUACAAUGGCAUGCAAAAGCCAGAAUGAACGCAGGUGCUAACUUUUACAUUGUUGGAAGAGACCCAGCUGGUAUACCACACCCUGACAAAACUGCAGUUCCCGAUGGAAAUCUUUACGAUCCUACUCAUGGUGCUCGAAUUCUUUCGAUAGCUCGAGGAUUGCAAAGUCUAGAAAUUAUACCAUUCAAAGUUGCGGCAUAUGAUAAGAAACAUAAAAGAAUGUCGUUCUUUGACCAAAAACGAAAAGAAGACUUCGAGUUCAUAUCGGGGACAAAAAUGCGCGGAUUAGCAAAAGCAGGUGAAAAUCCACCUGAAGGCUUUAUGUCACCAAAAGCAUGGCUUGUUCUGGCACGAUACUAUCAAAAUCUAGAAAAGUGAAAAGUAUCGUAGGAAUAUUAGAAAUUAUGAAGUAUUCUAAAUUAACACAUUAAAGAUAGUAAAAUUAAUUUUACAACUGUUAUAGGAUAAUAAGUACGAAAAUAUUUAAAAUUAAUGCAGUUUUACUAUUGCUAUACAUUUGUAUCUUUGUACAUUUGUCUUGUACAGCACAUCGAUUUCAAUAUUUAUCUGUGUAUUAAAUAAAAUCAUAUCUAUUUACAA